AUGACCACCAACAUGGCGGAAUUGUUCGCCCUACUCAGAGGACCGAACUGCGCAUCCUCAAGCUCUACACCACCUUCGGGACAAGGACCAACGGUCGACCCGACAUCUUGGAUUCCGCCAACCCAAGUUUCGGAAAACACUGAUGCUCCUGCACCGCCAACGACAAACAUGGCCGCGGCCCACCCAUUUACCAUCCCUAUUCCACCACCACCGGCCCCCGCAGCUGUCCCUCUUCCACCGGUGGCGUUCCUCGCUUCGGAUCAGGUCCUAUCCGCACCGCCACCUGUUUCCAUGCCGGCCCCAGCUGCAGUCUAUACCGUCCCUCUGCCAAUGGUUUUUCCGGCGCCAAGCGCACCUGCUCCGGCUCACCCUCAAGCCACAGAGCUUCCCUCCUACUCGCCUCUACAACCUCACACCAACUUCCCCUACCAAGCACCGCCACCCAUAAACACUACUUUCCUCGAACCAGGCACGCCGACUCAGGCGGCCCAGUUCACCUGA